AUGUAUCACACAAUACAGUCUAGAAAAGUUCUGAGGCUUGAAAAUAAGAAGAAACCUGAUACUUCAUCUAGUCAUAGGAAGUCAUUUCGAAAACAAUGUAAGACUUUCUCCGGAUAUGGACAGAAACGAGAAAGUCUUUCUUUGUAUAAACCUCGAUCUAUGACAAUAUCUGCGCGCUCCAGUCUGCAUUCACACGACCGUAAUAAUAUAAGAAACUUGUCAAUUGAAUGCAGAGGAUACAAAAACUGCGGUGACUCCUUCUACCUUUCCAAUUUCUUGGGCGAAAAUAUGAGAAGCUAUUUUCCUUAUCAUCAAAUGGUCGAAGAUGGAACAACUUCAGAUUUAGAUAUCAGUGGCAUUCCAUGCAAGAUAAACGUCAUGGGAGCUCCAAAUGUUGGAAAGACCUCACUCAUACAAAUGUUCACAAGUAAACCAUCCGGAUGCAUCUCUAAACUCCAAACAGAUGAGGACGAUUUGUGCGAUGAAAAGUUGCUCUUGAGGGUGGAUGACACUGUCGUUAAUUUGGAAUUCCACGAGACAGAUAUGCGUAUGCAGCGAGAUAUCCCUAACCGAGAUUCUGACGCCUUCUUUCUUGUAUAUUCACUGGGGGAUCGCAGGACUUUGUCAACUGCUGCCACAAUAUUGCGACAAAUGCGAAAUAAAUACAAAGUGACCUCUCCAAUUUUCCUCGUCGCCAAUAAAAUGGAUCUUGUUGGCAAAGUGUCAAUUUCAAAAGAUGAUGGAAGACUUUUAGAAAAGGAAUUCAAGUGUAAAUACAUGGAAACAUCCCUUUUGCAUCAAAAUGAUUACCACAAACUGCUUCUCGAUAUUAUUAAAAAGAUUUUAGUCAAAGAUGAAUUCUACAAUGAUGAAGAAUCCAUUAGUUUUGAGCUGGACUCUUUGCCGGUCGAGGCUUCUGCUGUAGGACUGUUUGUCCUCAACGGCUGCUACCACCCAGAUAGUGUCUUGAUUCUCGGCCAUUCAUUUAUUGUUCGUCUACAGCGGUUCAUGAAUCGUUCUGAGCAUUUACAGGCUAAUCUUGGUUUGAAUCUCAGGGAGAAAGCAUAUUACGGAGGAUAUUCGGGUUGUACAAUCGAUAGAAUAUCGCUUAGGGGCCUGUGA